UCCCAGGAACCUCCGUCUCUCUCGCGUACGCCUCUGGUCUCCUGCGAUCGUGCAGUCUUCAUGGCGACCUUGGCAGCAGAUCGAUAGGUCUCACGGUUUGAUUCGAUUGCCUCAAUUUUCGCCCGACGACACUCCUCUUCAAUCCGUCCGUGCCCUUCUCCUUCUGGCCUUCUCCACGACCCUGAUGCGGCUGCUGCUCCGCCCGGCGGGACGGCGCCCCACUCCGAUCGGCAACCGGCGGCCGGCGGCCGUCCAGUCUCUUCUCCACCGGCCACUCGGCCAGCACCCUGCCUCCCACGCCCAGCAAUGGGGAAGCAACAGAAAAUGCAAUCGUUUUUUAAAAGAAAACGAGAUGAAGAAGUUGAAGAACAUACAGCAGCUCCUAAUGAUCUGGCAUUGGUGGUGUUUGUAAAUCAAACACAAGGUGAAGAUGGACAACAAAAUCAGAUGCAAGAUGAAGAAGCGAUGCAAGAUGAAGAAGAGCAAGAAAAUCCUAGUAGUCAAGAAGAAGAAGAGCAACAAGCAACCGGACAAGUGAUAUUUCGCGGAAUUGAUUUUCUGGAGAGAGAUCCCGCAUUGCGUCCACAAAUCUGGCAAUACCCUCCGAACCAGAGAGAUGAUGUGCGGAGAGCAUACUUGAGGUUGGGUCCUAUGCAGCCUAAACUCAAGAAAUAUAAAGCUACCGGAAUACAAGGGCAAAAAAGGCGUUUUCAGUACAGCUAUUUCAGUCAUUUCCCAUCAUGGCUAGAGUAUUCAGAGAGUAGUGGCUGUGCAUAUUGUCUGUUUUGCUUCAUUUUCAGCAAAAAUAUAAAGAAGAGAGGUGGCUUUGAUGUCUUCACAACACAAGGUUUUGAUAGGUGGAAGAAAGUUCAUGAUGGAAAGAAGUGUGCAUUUUUAACUCACAUGGGAUCAAAUCCUUGCUCACAACACAACAAUGCAGUGAGAGAUUGCCAAGCUUUAUUGAAUCAACCAAAUCAUUUAGCAAAUAUUUUAGAGGUGAAGAGCAAAGAGGGGAAACAAAAGGACCGUUUAAGACUGAAAACGACGAUUGCUUGUGUUAAGUGGCUCACAUUUCAGUCUUGUGCUUUAAGAGGCCAUGAUGAGAGACCGGAGUCAAGAAAUAGAGGAAACUUUCUUGAAAUGCAGAAACUUCUUGCAGAAUUUUGUCCUGAUAUUGCAGCUGUAAUCGAUGGGAAUGCUCCACAAGUUUGCAAGUACAAUUCUCAUGAAAUACAAAAUGAGAUCUUGGGAAUUUAUGCUAUGAAAGUCAGGGAGCAUAUUAGAGCAGAAAUUGGAGACUCCAAGUACUCUAUUCUUGUGGAUGAAACAUGUGACGUCUCCAAAAGAGAGCAGAUGGCACUAGUUUUCAGGUUUGUUGAUAAAGAUGGUUAUUCACAGGAAAGGUUCUUUCAUGUCAUACAUGUGGCCAACACAAAAUCACAUACACUAAAAAGGGAGUUGUCUUCAGUACUAUCCAAGCAUGGAUUUGAUGUACAGAAUAUGCGAGGCCAAGGGUACGACGGGGCCAGCAAUAUGAAGGGGGAGUUGAAUGGGUUGCAGGCUCUUUUUAUUAAAGAUUGCCCCUAUGCAUAUUAUGUUCAUUGCUAUGCGCAUCGAUUACAACUUGCCCUUGUUGGUGCAGCAAAGGAUGUGGUUCCUGUCACUCAGUUUUUCCAGAAGCUUCUCUUUAUUAUAAACACAGUUGACUCCUCUUCAAAGCGACAUGACGAGUUGCAUGAUGCCCAAGUGGAUGAGAUUGCACGUUUGCUAGCUAUUGAUCAGAUUGAGACAGGUCAAGGAGCUAAUCAGAUUCGCUCAUUGAAGCGACCAGGAGAGACUAGAUGGGGUUCCCAUUUAGGUUCUGUUUCUAGUCUUAUGCACUUGUUUAAUCCAGUCAAACUUGUUUUAGAAAAACUAGCUGCAGAUUCAACGGCAGGAGCAAACCGGGCUGAUGGAGACACCGCUUUCACCUACUUAACCUCCUUUGAGUUUGUAUUUAUCCUAUACAUGAUGAGAGAAAUACUGGAAACCAGUGAAGAUCUUGGAAAGGCUUUACAGAAGAAAACACAAGACAUAGUAAAUGCAGUUCGUCUAGUUCAUUCCACAAAAGUUCUUCUAGAAGAUAUGAGAUCAGAUGAAGGAUGGGAAGUUUUUAUUCUGAAGGUUAUUGAGUUCUGUGCGGAGCAUGACAUGGAUAUUCCAGACAUGGAGGCAACAUACAUUUUGCGUGGUGGGCGUGCCCGUCGUCAACCUGAUCAUUUUACUACUGAAAGGUAUUUCCGAGUCGAGAUAUAUCGAGCAACAAUUGACAGCCAACUCACUGAAUUGAAUCUCAGGUUCAAUGAGAAAGUGAUGGAUCUUUUAUCCAUUAGUGUCACACUCAUACCUAGACAUGGAUUUACAUCUUUCAGUGCUAAAGAAUUAUGUAAAAUGGUGGAGAAAUAUUAUCCCGCUGACUUUACACAACAAGAGAGGUAUGGUUUAGAGCUUCAAUUGAACCGAUUUGUUGUGGAUGCUAAAAACAGUGAAGAAUUGAGGAAGCCUGCAACCAUUACAUCUUUAUGUCGAUGCCUUGUUGAGACGGGACGGGAUAGAAUCUAUAAUUGGCUUGACCGGUUGCUUCGAUUGCUUGUUACUCUCCCGGUUUCUACAGCAAGCGCUGAGCGCGCUUUCUCUAGCUUGAAGAUUAUCAAAUCAAGGCUGCGCAACCGAAUGGAAGACGAUUUUCUUGCAGAUAGCAUGCUGCUACAAAUAGAACGGGAAAUUGCUUCAAAAAUUCCAUAUGAAGAUAUAAUUGCUGAUUUCAAAGCCAAGAAGAACCGAAGAGCAUUUCUCUAGCUAGUUGUCUUUCGGUCAGUAUAUGUGUCCUUUUGGUUAGUAUAUGCAGCCAUGUUUAGUUGUCUUUUGCUCAGUAUACACGGUCUUUACUUUUGGAUCAUCAAAAAUUCUUGCCACAAUGUCCAGGUUAUAUUCUAAAUAGUCAUGUCUGUAGUAUUUGUGUGAACAAAAUACUCAUAUAGUCAUAUAUAUCAUCAUGCCAUUGCCAUCUGAUAAUAUGUUACUUAUGAUC